AUGGAAAAUCACCAGCGACAAGUUGGCAAUAAAACCAAAGUUAGCGCCGAAAACGAUAGCAAUGUCGAUCCCGAUGAUAAAUUAAUAGAUGAUGCGGCUAGUAGUACAAGUCAAAACAACGACAGUAAUAGUAAUAACAAAAAUACUAAAGGAAUUAUCCGCAACGAAUUUGGUGAGAAACCGCCUUAUUCCUAUAAUGCCUUAAUUAUGAUGGCAAUUCGCAAUUCAAGCGAGAAACGUUUAACCCUUAAUGGUAUAUACGAAUUCAUCAUGAAAAAUUUUCCUUUCUAUCGUGAGAAUAAGCAAGGUUGGCAAAAUUCCAUUCGGCAUAACCUUAGCUUAAAUAAAUGUUUCAUUAAGGUACCACGAAGUUACGAUGACCCUGGCAAAGGAAACUACUGGAUGUUAGAUCCUUCAAGUGAAGAUAUGUAUAUCGGUGGUACAUCAGGUAAACUACGACGCCGAUCAUCUAGU